UCUUUUUGAAUCGUGUCGUGAUUGCUGCCUAAGAAUUAUAUCAUUGGCUUUCAUGUUGCCGUCAUCUGGAGAGGUGAAUUUUAUUUUGUGUUUGGGAAAGUGAAUAGAAGUAAAAGUUCAUGAGGCUUGGCAAGAAGGCGGCAACUUCUGUCUAUCUUCGUUUGAGAAGCACCUCCUCUCAAAGCUGGAAAUUUGAACUGAUGGGGACUAUUCACUUCUGAGUAUAUCUUGUUCUCGUUGAUCUUAUACUUGAAAGCCACUUCACACUUUUUUCCACAUACAAGUAUCAGACAUAGAUGUCUGUAGACACUUAUAGAACAUCUAUACAGGUUAAUAUCAGAAUGCUUCAGGCCUUCAUGAUUAAUUUGUGUGCUUAAAUCUCUAUAGAUUCGUCAGACUGUGUUGUACGCCCAGUUUCACGUCUGCAACCCAGACGCCUGGAAGUAUGGAACCGAAGAUCGACACCCUGAUAUCACCCAGCCGUCCGAAGUACAUCUUACUGUCUUUUACGACGAGCAUUCACAAUUUUGAUGCAGAGCUCAUUGUACGUUGCAACUGGAAGCUCUUCUACAUCCGCACCUCCCCUUCGAACUUCCGCGACUCUCCCGUCGCUCUCGCGCAGUAUCUGGAAGUCUGAUUUCUUCGAUUGGGUAUCUACUCCACUCGAGCCAAUACUUCUACAACGAGCGCCAAUUGUGGAAAGGCUGCACAAAAGAGUCACUCUGCAAGACUGGCUGUUUCCAGAGUCUUUUGUCUACGACUUGCAUGUUGUUGACAACAAAGUGGUGCCUCAAUAUGCCGACUCGCAGGAUUCAGGCUUCAUGCCACCAGGCGUCUGGUUAGGGACUGCAUUUCGCGAUACGUUAAAUACAUGGACUGCGUCGGUGCACCCAGAUGAAGUCAUUGUGCCUCCCGAGCUGCUCGAGGAUGCGCAUGUUCAUUCAUCUCAACGAGUCUUACUGAACGGUGAUCAAAAACCGUAUUUCUUCAAGGCCUUUCAUCCGGGAGCACCACAUGCCGCCAAGUGCGAACUUUUGACAUACAGAAAGAUUGCUGCCGCAGGGUUGGGGCCAAGGAUCCGAGUCUGUCAGCUGUAUGGCGUUGUGCAGGACCAAGAGGGCUUGUUGAUGGGUAUGUUAUUGACUCAUAUCGAUCAUCGAACGAUGUCACUUCAGCAGGCCAUGUUGCCUCUUCCUUCUGCUGCUAUACGAUAUCGCUGGGCGAGCCAGCUCCGGGAAUCGCUAGCAGCGCUACAUGAAGCUGAGAUUACCUGGGGAGAUGCGAAGGCGGACAAUAUUCUAAUCGACAAUGAGAUGAAUGCGUGGAUCAUAGAUUUUGGAGGUGGUUAUACCAAAGGAUGGGUUGACCCGGAACUGGCAGGGACGAAAGAAGGCGAUUUACAGGGCAUGGCAAAGGUGAUGGAUUUACUUUAUGGAGCGGAGUCGCAGCGCGACUUUACGAUGGCGAAUAGAGCGAAUGGAUCAGUGAAGGACGCUGCGGGUCUAUUGGAGCAUGUUGUCGAGACCUGAGUGCCUCUGCGGAGAUGCAAGUGGCUUGAGGUGAAUUGUCGGAAACCUCGGAUUAUUGGUUGAAUGCAGAAAUGUGAAGCAGGUUUUGAGGCCAUGGUCCUCCUAUCGCCGUAUGAUAUUCCUUCCAGAAGUGCCUCCAUAGCCCGAAUCUCUAUCUUCUUCUAAUAAAUUCAUCCCUAC